AUAUCAACCCCCUCGAUCUCUCUCCCAAUAACAACUAGAAUGUGGUGCUCAAAGGAAGACUUGCCGUCCCCAAAAACCAUUCUCUCGGUGGCGGCCUCCGUCGCCGCCUCCGCCGUUCUCAUCAAAAGCGUCGCAAACGACCUCGUCCCCGAUGCCGUCCACUCUUUCUUCUCCAACCGCAUAAAAAAGCUGUCGUCCCAACUCACCGUCGUCGUCGACGAGUUUGACGGCCUCACCCCCAACCAGAUGUUCGAGGCGGCCAACGUCUACUUGGGCACCAAGCUCUCCUCCUCAACGCAGAGAAUCAAGGUCAACAAACCCGAAAAGGAGAAGCAGCUGCAGGUCAAUAUAGACAGGAACCAAGAGCUCGUUGAUUGUUUCAAUGGUGUGAAACUCAAGUGGGUUUUGGUGACGGAAAAGCCACCGGCGUCGGCUAACAACAACCGUGACCAGGUGUCAGAGGUUCGACACUUCGAGAUCAUUUUCCAUAAGAAGCAUAGGGACAUGGUGCUCAGCUCUUACUUGCCCUAUGUGUUAAAGAAGCAUAGAGAAAUCAAGGAGGAGAGAAAGGUGGUGAAGCUUCAUACCGUUGAUUACAAUGGCACUGACUAUUGGGGCUCCAUAAACCUUGACCACCCUGCGAAUUUCGAUACCAUUGCAAUGGAGCCGGAGAUGAAGAAGACAUUGAUUGAGGACCUAGAUAGGUUUAGGGAGAGGAAGGAGUACUAUAAGAGAGUAGGGAAGGCAUGGAAACGUGGGUAUUUGCUGUACGGACCACCCGGCACUGGAAAAUCAAGCUUGGUUGCAGCCAUGGCUAAUUAUCUGAAGUUUGAUAUUUUUGACUUGGAUUUGAAGGAGGUUCAAUGCAAUUCUGAUUUGAGAAGGUUGCUGAUCGGCACGAAAAGUAGAUCGAUAUUGGUGAUCGAGGAUAUUGAUUGCUCGGUUGAGUUGCAGAACAGAGACUCAGAUCAAAAUGAACCCAAAACUGUUGAGGAUGAUAAGGUGAGCCUCUCUGGUCUACUAAACUUCAUUGAUGGGUUGUGGUCAAGCUGUGGAGAGGAGAGAAUCAUUGUGUUCACGACGAAUCACAAGGACCGACUUGAUCAGGCCUUGCUCCGACCUGGGCGGAUGGACUUGCACCUGCAUAUGUCCUACUGCACCUUCAGUGGCUUCAAGACAUUAGCUUACAAUUACUUGCAGAUUAAAGAGCACCCACUUUUUGCAGACAUUGAAGCAUUAUUGCUAAAUCACAAGUUAGUUACACCUGCUGAAGUUGCCGGAGAGCUAAUGAAGAGUGAUGAUGCUCGAGUCUCCCUUCAAGGUCUUGUCGAAUUCCUCCAAAGCAAGAACAUCUAGGAUGUCGUAAAAUCAAAAUCAAAACCAAUACCCUUAGGCUUAUUGGUUUUUAUUUUGUUUAUCAAGCAUCGAUUUAUAUGCUCUUUAACUAUCAUUAAUUUACACCUCUAUACUGUCAGUUUCA